AUGUUCAUUGGUGAUUCAAUACACUUUAACCAGUGGCAAUCCAUGGUUUGUAUGGUCCAAUCCACGAUUCAGUCAGGGAAUCAUACCUUUAACAACACAGCACAAAUGUCAAUCUUCAACAUUGAGGAAUACAAUGCAACCAUAGCAUUUUACUGGGCACCGUUCCUAGUGGAAUCAAAUGUAGAUCCUCCAAGCAUGAGAUAUGGGAAGACGGAUCCAAUAAUCACACUGCAAUCAAUCUCCAAGCAUGGCGAUUACUGGAAAGACUCAGAUUAUCUCGUUUUCAACACUUAUAUAUGGUGGUUGAGACAUCCCAAGAUCAAAGUUCUCCAAGGGUCAACAGAUUUCGAUGAAAUUGAAAUCUAUAUUGCAUACGAACAAGUGCUACGAUCAUGGGCAAACUGGUUAGACCAAAACAUCGAUCCGAAUCGAACAUCGGUCUUCUUCAGCAGCAUGUCACCAACUCAUGUCAGGAGCUCAUAUUGGGGCGGUAAUGAAGGAAUCAGCAUGUGCGGGAAAGAGACGGAGCCUAUUCAGCUCAACACGUCAAGACAAUUAGACGUCGGAACAAAUCGGAGGCUUUUCGAAAUCGCGGUGAACGCGACGAGAUCCACCACGAAGGUGCCGGUUCGUUUCCUCAACGUAACGACGAUGUCGGAGUACAGGAAAGAUGCGCAUAUAUCUUUCUACGGUUCCCGGAGUGCGAAGGAUCCCGGAACGCUCGCCGAUUGUCUUCACUGGUGCCUUCCGGGUUUGCCAGACACGUGGAACGAGUUGCUCUCUCUCUAUAUUAUCCACAGAGCUUGA